AUGGUCGCUGAGACCCCCUUUGCAGAACCACCGGUGUAUUCCACUUUGCACCCUGAAUACGUGGAUGACGAUGAUAACGACGAGAAGAUCGACACGGAAGCGCCCUCGCCGGAGAACGAGGUUGAGACUCCAGCCAAGGAUGUGCCAGCUGCGGGGGAGGUUUCUGCUCCGGCAGAGGCUUUGAUCACCCAAGCCUACAUGCAGAAGGCCGUCUUCUUCCUUUUGAUCAUGGCCGUCGUCUUCUAUCUAGUUCGAAGACGGCGAGCGGCCUAUCAGAAGGUGGAUGAGAAAAGCAUGGCAUAG